GUAGCGAUAAAGAAAUCGAAGAUCAAGUUUUUUUCCCCCUACAUUCGAUUCCAUCCGAGUCAGUUCCAUUCCGACACUCGAAUAGCCAGCAGCAAAUAACAGUCCAACCAGCUAGCACAGAGAGACAGUGAAUCCAAUCAAAAACACCUAGCAACAGUAGUGUUGAUUGAGUCCCGAAGUCACGUAAUCUGUCACCCACCACCGCAUCGCUUUGAAAGUUUUCGUUCGGGAACCUGACACUUUGAGGAAGUAGAUUUCGGCUCGUCAAUUUCGCCUCACCAUCUCUGUUCCGCUCGGUAAGCAGCAUUAAGAAGAUGCCUUGCCCAUUCUUGACCCGUCUGAGCACCAGCUACGUGCGCAACUACGGCCCGUCCCUGCUGAAGGCGUACGGCUCGCAAUGCCCGGUGGUUGCCCGUACCAUCUCGAGUCUGCAGAACCCACCGGCUGGUACUGCUGAUGCUACCGGAACCGCUGGAACCGUGGCCAUCAAGAAGAAGGAACCCGUUGCGGCCCCCAAGCAGCCGGAGGUGAAAGCCCCGAGCCGUAACUUGAGCUCCCUCCAGCAACCGAAGGCCAAGGAGGAGGCCAAGAAGUGCCCCUUCCUGAGCUCGGCUGCGCCGCACGUUAAGGAACUCGGAGCGGAAAGCGUUGACGUUCCCGCUAGCCGUCCGUUCCAGUACGAGGAGUUCUUCCAUGAGCAGAUCAUGCGCAAGAAGAAGGACCACUCGUACCGCGUGUUCAAGAAGGUGAACCGUUUGGCCGAAGCUGGGAAGUUCCCGCAGGCCAUGGAGUAUUCCUGGGGUGAGCGCCCAAUUACUGUGUGGUGCUCGAACGAUUACUUGGGCAUGUCCUGCCAUCCCGAGGUUAAGAAAGCAGUUGCUAACGCCCUCGAGACCUACGGUGCCGGUGCCGGAGGAACUAGGAACAUUUCCGGAAACUCGCUGAAUCACGAAAAUCUCGAGAACCGUCUGGCGCAACUCCACGAAAAAGAGGGUGCCUUGCUGUUCACCUCGUGCUUCGUAGCCAACGAUUCGACGCUGUUUACGCUAGCGAAAGCGCUGCCAGGUUGCCACAUCUUCUCGGAUGCUGGCAAUCAUGCCUCGAUGAUCAUGGGCAUUAAGAAUAGCGGGGUGCCGAAGCAUAUCUUCCGGCAUAACGACCCUGCCCAUUUGAGAGAAUUACUGUCGAAAGUUGAUAAGUCAUUACCUAAGAUUGUUGCAUUUGAAACGGUGCACUCCAUGACGGGAGCCAUCUGUCCCCUGGAGGAACUCUGCGAUAUUGCCCAUGAAUUCGGGGCUCUGACUUUCGUGGACGAAGUGCAUGCCGUCGGUUUGUACGGAGACCAUGGAGCGGGAGUGGGCGAACGUGAAGGUUUGCUCCACAAGAUGGAUAUUAUCUCGGGAACACUGGGAAAGGCCUUCGGUAACGUCGGAGGCUACAUUGCUAGUUCGUCUCUCCUGAUCGAUAUGGUGCGUUCGUAUGCUGCCGGAUUCAUCUUUACCACUUCGCUGCCACCGACGGUCCUGUGCGGGGCCUUGAAGGCCGUAAACAUCCUGGCUUCGGACGAAGGUCGUGAGUUGCGUACCCGUCAUCAGGAAAAUGUCCGCUACCUCCGCGGUCUGCUGCAGAAGGAAGGGUUCCCCGUGGAACACACCCCAAGUCAUAUCAUUCCAGUUAGGAUUGGCAAUCCGGCGCAAUGCACUGAACUGUCCGAUCUAAUGAUUAAACGUUUUGGACACUACAUUCAGGCCAUCAACUACCCAACGGUAGCCCGUGGCGAGGAGAAGCUGCGUCUGGCACCGACACCCCAUCACACCAAGGAAAUGAUGGACAUUUUGGUUCGCGAUAUGAAGGUCGUUUGGAAGGAUCUCGGAAUGCCCCUGAACGGGUCAACGUGCACUGCGGAAUGCACAUUCUGCCGCAAACCGCUGCUGUUCGACCGCUUCGAAGCUCGCACCAAGGCCAGCUGUGCUGCUGAACUCAACUGUCAGAUCCCCAACUGCCCGCAGAUAGCGGCUAUUGCCAACUAAGCCCUGCCACAGUCGCGCAAAGUGCUACGAGGAGAGGAGAGUCAGCCAGAACUGACUCUCCUUCCUCCGCAAUCUCUUUCCAGGUGCUGGGUCGUCUAUCCGCUUCUAAUAACUGCUAAUUAUUCCAUGACGGAAACGAAUUGGUGAAUGGUGUUCAAUGUUCAACAAAUGCAGCAGCAUAUCGCAGCCACAUCCAAAAUAUGUAUGUCCCCCCCGCCGAGAGGUAGUGAAUCGAGCCAGAAUCGGAAAUUACAAUCUCCAGUUUUUUUUUUUGUUUUGUUUUAACGUGUCCUGCUUAGGUCCUACUUAUGUUAAAUUUUCUCGUCAAAAGUAAGGACAGAUUAAUACCUAAAUUUACAAAAAGAAAUAUUGUGAUAUAUCAUGAUGAUCGUGCACUUUUCAUUUGUGUCUUUGUUAUCUGUUGUUAAUUUGAAAUAGUGCAAGAAAAAUCGUUAAGUUUACCUGAAAUAAAGAAUCCGAAAUAUUAAAUUCCCAGCGUUCCUUGCGUACCUUGUACUUUUACCACUACUGGGAUGGACGCUCCCGUUAUUUUACUAGAAAUUUGUGCAUUAACCAGUCUACACGAAAUGUGUUUGUCGAUAUGUUGUUGACAAUAAACCACUAGAAAUACAAAUAUAAAUCUGUGUUGCAAUGGAA